AUGCUAAGAGAGAUAGAGCGGAGAGGCUCAGAAAGCGGUCAUGAGUUCAGAUACAUCAGGGUAGACAACAAAAUAUACCAGUGGCGGAAAUUACUUUCCAAUUCUAAGAAUAAGUUGCUUCUAAUUCCUCUCAGAAUAGUGCGAAAUUAAGAUACAGAGAGACUCGCUGGAAAGAAAAUCUUUGUAACAGCCGAGGAUCGAUGCUAUGAAGUCUCUUCUAUCGGAACAACCACAAGGAAGUUAAGGUCCACGCAAGAGGAAGCAGAUACCAGAGUGUUACUCCAUGCAGCUUUUUUUUUAAUCAAGCCUCGUUUCGACAAACGAGUCUCAUUUCGACGAACGAGUCUCGUUUUGACAAACGAGUCUCGUCUCGAUUCUCGAACAAACGAGUCUCGUCUCGAUUCUCGAACAAACGAGUCUCGUCUCAAUUCUCGAACAAACGAGUCUCGUCUCGAUUCUCGAACAAACGAGUCU